CCUCGCUGCCUCCCGGCCUCCCUCCCGCGACCGCUCGGAGCCGCCCCGGCCCCAGCAUGGCGGAUCAGUUCGACCGCACUCCGGGCGCUGGUCGGGGCCGCGGAGGCGCGGCGGACGGCGGCGGCGCGGCCUGCCCCGGGAGCGACGGCUCCCCCGGCUCGGAGGCGGCCGAGGCGCCGCAGAACAAAACGGGCGGCCCCCCGCAGCAGGAGGGCCUGCGGCCUCCCAAGACGGCGCCGCCGGGCAGCGGAGGCGCAGGUAACGCAGACCACCUGCAACAGACAAUAAUUCCAUCUGGAUCACAGGAUAAAGCUUCAGUUCCUGAUUCCGGACCAGAAAUGGCUAAACCUCAGGUGGCUGUGGCUCCUGUGGUAGUAUCAAAGCUGUCGGUUAAAGCACCUGAGUUCUAUCCAUCAGGAUACAACCAGAACUUCAGUCAGAACUUUGCAGUCCAUGUUGCUUCUCAGUCUCUCCUCUACUGUGGCAUUUUGAAGCCAGAAAGUAAAGGACAUCUGCUCACUAAGGGGGGUGGGGAGAAAGAAAAUAGAAUGAUAAACAUAAUAUAUGCUCCUGCUUGGACAUCUGAAACGUCAUAUGAGAUGCUCACAAUCCCUUGGGAUUCUUCCUAUGAAGAUGGAUAUGAUGGCUAUCUGACUUUGGCAGAAUAUGUACAAGACUUCCUAAACCACCUCACUGAGCAACCAGGUUGUUUUGAAACUGAAAUAGAACAGUUUGCUGAAACACUGAAUGGCUGGGUUACUACCGAUGAAGCUUUGCAAGAACUUGUUGAGCUCAUCUAUCAGCAGGCCACAUCUGUCCCAAAUUUUUCCUACAUGGGAGCACGGUUGUGUAACUACCUAUCUCACCAUCUAACGAUUAGCCCACAAAGUGGGAACUUCCGACAGUUGUUACUUCAAAGGUGUCGAACAGAGUUUGAAAACAGAGAUGAAGCUGCGAAAGGAGAUGAGGCUACUCGAAAACAAUUUCAUGCCUUUGUGCUGUUCUUAGCUGAACUUUAUCUUAACCUAGAGAUUAAAGCAACAAAGGGUCAGGUAACACGAGCAGAAAUUCUUCAAGAAGGCCUUCGAGAAUUACUAAAUGCACUUUUCUCCAAUCCUGUGGACAAUAAUUUGAUAUGUGCAGUGAAACUGCUGAAGUUAACAGGCUCAGUUUUAGAAGAUGCCUGGAAAGAAAAAGGAAAGGAUGACAUGAAUGAAGUGAUUCAGCGAAUUGAAAAUGUUGUGUUGGAUGCAAACUGUAGCAGAGAUGUGAAACGUAUGCUUCUGAAACUAGUAGAAUUGCGCUCAAGUAACUGGGGAAGAGUUCUUGGAACUUCUUCACAUACAGAAGCUACCCCUGAAAAUGACCCAAACUAUUUUAUGAAUGAGCCAACAUUUUACACUUCUGAUGGCAUUCCUUUCACUGCUGCUGAUCCAGAUUACCAAGAAAAAUACCAAGAGCUGCUUGAAAGAGAAGAUUUCUGCCCAGAUAAUGAAGAAAAUGGAACAGAUUUACCAGGAGCUGACUAUCUGUAUUUUGAUGACACUGAUGAUGAGAUGGAUCCAGAAAUUGAAGAAGCAUAUGAAAAAUUCUGUCUAGAAUCGGAACAUGAGAGAAAACAGUGAGACGUUAAACAUAAACAUUAGUUUAUUAAAGCAGUUUAGGCAUGGUUAGAAUACAUGGGGAUAUAAAACUUGUAACAUUUGUACCAAAAUAAGGAAGUUGAGUUUCUCCAAGUACUAAAGAUACACAAUUUCCAUUUUGUUAAACAGAAUCUGCCAAAAAUUGUAAACUUAUGUCCUGUAUCUUAAAAUGUUGUGUAUAUAUCAUAGUUUAUUUUAUGUACAGGUAUAUGAACAAUGUUUUGGCUGCAAUAAAAAUUGACUUAAAAAGUGUCAUAAUGGAAAUUAAAAUUUAACUAAAGGGGAUCUGUCCCAUAUUUCCCUUUUUGGGAGAAAGGGGAAGAAUAACGUGAUCUAACUUUAAUUGCUUGCUUGCUUGUUCUAGUAUACAUUAGGAAUUAUUCAUCCUUUUUGCCAUAUACAAGCUAUCUUUUUUUUUUUUUUUUUUUUUUUUUUUGCUAAGGAGAGUAUGGUCCAAAUAUGGCUUACCUGUUCUGUAGAUCAUGAGAAUUGGUUUGUUAAGGUUUUGUAUUGUGUGGGUUAUUUUGUGGUUUGUUUUUUUUUUUUUUCCUUCUUCCUCUCCCCAGACCUGUAGGGGUGAGGUCUGGACAUUUUUUCCUGGAAUAAACAUGUGAUAUGUUGAUAUUGUGGAAAAGCAAGCAGUAUUUUGAAAGUCAGGUGCUUUCAAGACAUUUGGUUCAGAUAAGCUUAUUUUCAACUUUUACAUGCAAAAAUGAUCCUUUUAAAUAACUUGCUGUGUUCUUCAAGAUUACAUGAAUAUAGUUAGCGUUUAACUCAUGCUCCUCAAAAGUAUGUGCAGUGCUCAAUAUAUUUUUGAAUGUAUCUAACAUGUCUAACCUUCUGACAACCCUUGUAACUUUUUCCAUUCUUCUAAUUAUUUUGUAUAAUUUGUCCUAAUUUUGUAGUUUGAAUACAUUCGUAUAUUUCACAUAUGUUAACAUUCUGAAGCCAACUACUCUUUUUUGACCCAAUAUAAUCAUGUUAGUGUCCCUAGGAUAUUCCAUUGUUGUUGGUGUUGCCAAACUCAGUCGUACUGUUUCCUGUUGUCUGUUACUGGUUAGACGAAGUAGAACCCCUUGCAAAAAAUAAAAUAAAAUAAAAAAAUAAAAAUCCCAAAAAGUAGCUACUGUAAAGAACAUGUUGUAAAUAUGCAUGUAAAUAAUUCUGUUAAUAUUUCACUGUAAUACGUUUGGUUAAAUAACUUGUGUCUGCUAAUACAGUGAGCACUGACUGUUUUCUGGAUGUUUAUUUAACAUUCAUUCAGGUUGGAGUUUUUGGAAAAUAAAAUUUAACUAGCUUUGUUUCCUUUGGUA